AUGGCAGAGUCUGCAGCUGUAUCACGGCCCGUCGACGAGUAUGGUUUUUUCAUCAAGGAAGGGAACGCCGCGAACCCUAGUAUCCACCGCCGCAAGUCCUCUUUUAACCGAGGCAAGAUGAACGUUCCUGCGAAAGAGUCGGCGUGGUUGGCCAUGCUCGCCAAAUGGGAGAAGGGCCAUAAGAAAAAGGAAAAGAAAAUAAAGAAGUUGGCCAGGCAAGGAGUACCAGAGUCCAUACGCGCACAAGUGUGGUCUGCGACUGCUGGCGUUGACAGAUUUAGGAAGCCGGGAGUGUGGGAGGCUUGUCUUGAGAAGACCGAUGAGACAAUCUUCGAGGUCAUUGAGCGGGAUAUUGGGCGCUGCUUCCCAGAGCACCAAAUGUUUGCCGACCCACAAGGCGCUGGACAGGAGAAUCUGCGUCGGGUGCUUCGCGCCUUUGCGGUUUACAAGCCUGAGGUCGGGUAUUGCCAGGGGAUGGGAAUGAUAGCGGGAAUGAUGUUGAUGCACAUGCCGGCGGAGGAUGCGUUUUGGUUACUCGUGACGACGCUCGAGACUACGUUCAAGGACACGUACACACCAGAGCUACUGCAGCUCCGCAGAGACGCCGCAGUGUUCGAAGCUUUGUUGGACAAAAAACUGCGGCCCGUAGCUAGGCACAUGGCAAAGCAAGAUGUGACUCCUUUGAUGUAUAUAACACAGUGGUUCAUGACGGCCUUCACGACAACAGCCCCGUGGGAAACCACGUUGAGGAUAUGGGAUAUGAUGUUUUGCGAGGGGAUAAAACCACUGUUCCGAGCGGGCCUGGCGAUAAUCAAGAUAAACAAAGAACAACUGCUGAAGGAAUGUCCCACAAACGCAGAAACCAUUGACCUUCUGUUACACGUCCCACGCGCGAACCUACAAGCCGACGACCUAGUCGCGGAAUCCCUCAACAUAAAAAUCAAGACAAAAGACAUCAAUAAGCUCCGAGCAAGAGUUGCGGCCCUCGACACCCCUGACAAGGGUGCUCCAACACUCCUCAAAAAGCGCCGGUAG